AAAGGCUCCUUCAGCAAGAAAAAUACAGCGGACGCUAUGACGUCUUUUGGCGAUUUGUAGCGGGGUUACUCCAGAGCCAAGAUGAAGAACAACUGUGUAGGUUCUUUCAAUUGAUGGAGGAUAAACCGCACGACUUCCUGGGUCCAGCACAUCAACGGAUUCUCAUGCAUUGCUUCGGUGAAGUGCCUCCAAACUCCGGCUUAGAGAAUCUUCGAACACUGAUCGAGGCCCAGUUGAAACAAUGGGCACUUUUUGAAUACAAGCUUCGGGGAGAAAUGACGUUAUGCCGUGAAAUGGAGUUUCCCGACAAUGUCUUGAUUAGUAUGAUGAAUGAAGGGGAGCCUGAAGAUGUAAAGAAUGCUAUCCUACAAGCUCUGCGGCAUCGAUCAAACUUCUCGGUUUGUCUUGUAAACCUGAUAGCAUAUCUUCUAGGACAGAAUGUUUCCAGCGACUUGGAGUGGUUUGCCAUUAAUGCAUUAGGCAGACAAACCUCUUUGCCAGACAAUAUUCUCCAAGCUAUAGUGCAUCGACUGGAGCAUUCUGAAUGGCGGACCGCCAUUAAUGUCUUAGGCAAACAAACUGUUUUGUCAGAUGAUAUUCUCCAAGCUAUAGUGCGUCGACUGGAGGAUUCUAAUGGGUAUGUGAGGCAGUCUGCCAAUUAUGCCUUAAACAAACAGAUCACUUUAUCAGACAAUAUUCUCCAAGCUAUAGUGCGUCAGCUGGAGCAUUCUGAAGAGGAUGUGAGGCAAUCUGCCAUUGAUGCCUUAGACAAACAAACCUCUUUAUCAGACGAUAUUCUCCAAUCUAUAGUGCUUGUGCUUUCCAAGAACACCUCCAGUACAGAUUCUGAAUCUGUAAGCAUGCUACUAAAGCAGGAUAACCUCUAUGAUAGUUUCCAAAAUUUUGAUGUGGAAACUUUGCGUUCAUUAUAUAGAUUAUUGGUUCAGCAAAGCUUCAGUGAGCAUUUAACUUGCUAUAUGCAGGAUAAGACCUUCUAUAUUAACAUGCCGGAUCGACAAAAAAGGGUUUCCUUGGUGCAGAGCAAGGAUGUGUUUCUGGAUGCGUUUCGAGACGAGGCAGUGGCUUUGGGAAGGCCUCUCACAGCAUCAACAGAUAACCUUAGAUUGCGUUAA